UUUUUGUAAGAAAAAAAGUGAUAAAAACUAAGAACCUCUGAUAGUGGGAAGUGGAUUUAUGAUACCCGAAUUUCGUCUCCAAAAUUUAUUUUAAUGUGUGUUUUCUGUUAGAGACGUUUAUUUGUUUAAAUCAAAAUGCAAAGACCACCGUUUUUACUUUUACUAUUAUUCCUAGCAGUUUUUUCUCCACGUGACACAAAAGCGGAAAUUGAAGAACGUUUUAAAGAAGAUUUUUACAAAAUCUACAAACAUACCGCCAUUGAAGCCAAGGACAUCACCAACGAACAUAUAACACCCGAUAAGAUUACAUAUUUUUUAUUCACGAAAAACGAUCCUGAAAAUUAUGUUGAGUUAGACGCAUCAAAACCUGAACAAUUAGCCAAGAAAAAUGUUCCCAUUGUUUUCAUUAUUCACGGCUGGCUUGAAAAAAGGGAGAAGGACUGGUACGAAGACUUGAAAAAUGCAUUUUUGACGAGGAAUAAAGAAUAUCAUGUCGUGCAAGUCGACUGGUCAGAUCCUGCUCAUCAGUUAUACACCGUUUCAUCUUGGAACACAAAAGAUGUCGGAAAAUUCAUCGGAGAGUUCAUAGUCGGCUUGCACAAAAACCAUUCAGUUCCUCUUGAAAACAUCUUGGUCGUUGGCCAUUCACUAGGAGGCCAAAUUUCUGGAUUUAUUGGCAAGAAAGUGAAAGAACUAACUGGAAAAAAAUUGAAGCGGAUUGUGGCUCUAGAUCCUGCUGGCCCUUUCUUCGUCAGCAGACCAGAAGAGGAACGAUUGAACAAAAACGACGCUGAAGUCGUCCACGUUAUUCACACCAAUGGAGGAACUUUCGGAUUUGAGAAGCCUUGUGGUACUAUCGACUUUUUUCCAAAUGGGGGCAGCUCACAACCUGGUUGCAAGAAAAUCGAUAUUACGGACCCAAAGACUAUCGCUGAUCCAGUAAUUUGCGACCACCAAAGAAGCUGGGGGUACUUCAUCGAUGCAGUCAAAAGCCCUGACGACUUUAUAGCUACAAGGUGUGCCAGUUAUGAUAAAUUCAAGUCGACACAGUGCGAGGAUGAAAAUACUUCGAUGGGAGACUUGAAAACAAGGAAGACAGGAGAAUUUUAUCUAGAAACAAACGAGGAGAAACCCUUUAAGGCUAAGCAACGUAAAGAGUUUAGAAAAAAUUUCCAACUCUGCCCGAAAAUGAAAGAAAAAAUCUUCAGUUUUGUCAUUCUGAUAAUUAUUUGUCUUCACAACACGAAAGCGGAUAUUGAAGAUCGUUUCAAGGAAGAUUUUUUCAAAAUUUACAAACACACAGCUAUCGAAGCAAAAGAGAUCACCAACGAACAUGUGACUCCUGAUAAGAUAAAAUAUUUCCUAUUUACCAAAAAUCAUCCCGAAAAUUAUACGGAAAUUGAUCCAUCAAGUCCUGAAGAACUUGCAGAAGCUAAAGUUCCGCUUGUUUUUAUCAUACAUGGCUGGACUGAAAAUAGGGAAAGAGAGUGGUACGAAGAUCUAAAAAAUGCUUUUUUGACAAGAAAAGAAGAUUAUUAUGUCGUUCAAGUCGAUUGGUCGGAUCCAGCUGAUCAAAUUUAUACAAUUUCGUCCUGGAACACCAAGGAUGUUGGCCACAUUAUUGGAGAAUUUAUUGUUGGUCUGCAUAAAAACUAUUCAGUGCCUCUUGAGAACAUUUUACUCGUUGGUCAUUCUUUGGGUGGUCAAGUUUCCGGUUUUGUCGGGAAAAAAGUGCAAGAACUAACCGGCAACAAAUUACCACGAAUUAUAGCUUUGGAUCCUGCAGGACCUCUUUUUAUUAGCAGACCUGACGAAGAACGUCUUAAUAAAAAUGACGCGGAAGUUGUCCAUGUAAUUCACACUGACGGUGGUACUUUUGGGUUCAAAUCGUCAUGUGGUACCAUUGAUUUCUAUCCAAACGGGGGUAAUUCGCAACCAGGAUGCACCAGGAUAGAUUUACUAGACAUUAAAAGUGUUGCCGAGCCAAUAACAUGUGACCAUCAUAGAAGCUGGCAAUACUUUAUUGAAGCUGUUCUAAACCCGAACGAAUUUUUAGCUACAAAAUGUGACGGUUAUACAAAAUUCAAAACAGGUUUGUGUGAGAAAGAAGAAGUGCCGAUGGGUGAUUUGCAAACUAAGAAAACAGGAGAUUUUUAUUUAGAGACAAAUAAGGAAAAACCAUACGCCAAAAGACGACGAGGUUUGGGAGUAGGAAGUGUUUUGUCUUCGUUAAAAGUGUUUUAAGAACCUGUUAGUAUUUUUAUUUGUGUUUCAAUUCAGGAUAUUAUCACAGUUUUUUAUACUUAUAAAUAAAUAAUGUUAAUAUUCA